CUGUUGUCCGCCGAGCAGUGAGCGGUCUAGCUCUAUAUAUACGUCAUUGGUCGGCGGCGUCGUCACUUGGCGGCCAUCUUAGGACAGGGGACUGCUCUGGCGCACUGUACUGUAGUCAAUGCAGGUCUGGAAUGUCACAUGGGCCGCACGUUGAAACGUAUGACGCAACACGUUCCGCGUAAUGACAUAUCAGUGACGCAGUGAAAACAGGGCGCCAUGCUGCUGGCGGUGAGUUUAAAGAGUCUCGGUGGGAGAGCAGUGCUGGAAUCAGGUUGUUGCUACAUGUGUAGUAUCACAGUGUUUGUUCUGAAGCAGAGAAGAUGCCAAAUGACAGCAUGCCACUGCAGGAUCUGCCCUGCCUCAGUCUUCAGGGCUCCAUGUUGUUUCAGUACAACAGGACCAGCAAACGCAAGUCCAGAGCCUUCCUCACUGAGGGCCUGGAUACCGAGUGCACUCCAACAGAGCUCAUCCAGCAGUGGUCACCACCACACAAGCACCAGCGGCUCAUCGCCAAGGGAAAAGAGAAUGAUGACAACCAGUUUGUCCUGGCCAGGAGAUCAAGGAGGAGGAAGGAACCCACAGCAGGGAUUUUAUGGGACAGCCUACCAGAUGAGCUACUCCUGAGGAUCUUCUCCUGCCUUCAUCUGCAGGACCUCCUCAGAAUAUCUGUAGUUUGCCAACGCUGGCAUCGUUUGGUGUUUGAUGAGUCUCUGUGGUACAGUGUGGAUCUGGCGGGGUUGACCCACAUGGGCCCAGCUCUACAGCAGGUGCUGAAGACUGGAGUCCGCAGGCUACGCUGCCCUCGCGCCUUUGUGGAAGAGCUUCACUUCACAGCCACAGACCCUCUGCAGAUAGUUCAGAUGGAUCUGUCCAGCUCCAUCAUCCCCACUACUGCUCUGGAGAGCAUCAUCUGUCACUGCAGACUGCUGGAGUAUCUGAGCCUGGAGGGUCUGCAGCUGUCAGACAACAUUAUCUGCUCUCUGGCCAAAAACCCCAACCUGCUGCAGCUCAACCUGAGCGGCUGCUCUGCCUUCACGGCUCCAGUUGUGGCAGACAUGCUGAAAUCCUGCUCCAGUAUAGAGCAGCUGAACAUAUCAUGGUGCAGCUUUAACAAUGACCAUGUGAAGAGUGUUGCAAAUAAUCUUAGUCCCAGUGUUACCCACCUCAACCUCAGCGGCUACAGAGAGAGCCUCACUCUUGAUGAUGUGAAGGUGCUGGUGGAGAGGUGCCCCCACAUUGAAACUCUAGACUUGAGUGACAGCACUCUGCUGAUGGCUGACGUCUUCCCUGUCCUCAAACAACUCAAGUGUCUGCGGCAUCUGUCCCUGAGUCGCUGCUAUCACAUUCACCUUGCUGCUCUCACUGACCUGGGUAAACUGUUCCCUGCGCUGGGCCUGCUGGACGUGUUUGGCCUCGUACAGGACAGCCACCUGCCCUCACUGAAGAAGGAGAUGCCUCAUGUCAGCAUCAACUCACGGUUGUUCUCUAGCGUUGCCCGGCCUAUGCCUGCCAGCAGAGUGGUCAGCUCCUCUAGCGAGCACACCAUGUGGAACAGGCAGUGUCGGCUGAGGUUCAGAUUGUAACCAGAACCACUACACCUCCCUUGUGUUUUUAAGCUGAGGUAGUUUCUGUUGCCAAGCGUUGGGUUCUGCAGUAUUCAGACACGCACAGGUAUUCUCACCUGGUGUGCAGUAAUGGAGCCAUGUCUCAGUGUUUAUUGGUGCUACAGGUGAUGCUUUUAGUCUUGCUGGCAUUUACAGUACUCGAGGCCACUUGGUGGACUAGGCCUUUAAGUACUGAUCAUGCAAGCUUGUAGAGAAAUGCAAUCCUUUUUAUUUAGGAAAGUCAGUUCUGCAUGUUGAGUCCAGCCCUUGCUGGAUGUGUUAAGAUAAACUUUGAAUGAAUCUUUGAAUUCUUUUAGGUUCUAAUAAUGUGUUAAUUUAAAAUAUUUUGUAUGGGGAACAUGGUUUAAAAGACUCAGAUGAAACAAUGUUAGAAGUAUUGACAUUUUAAUAGUAUGGUUGUAAAAUGUUCUGUUCUCAGCUGUAAUAAUGAGAGGACAGUUGAUUUUAAUCAGUGAACAAAUGUUACUGUAAAAUGAUGUGUAAAUCUUGAAUCUCUGUGGAUCUUGUUAUACCACAUGUUGCUAAAGAGACACUAUUUUUGUAUGCAGGCUUACACAUGUGUUCACCACUGUAAUACCUGGAUUGAGUUGCUGGUAUACAUUUCACUUCUGUCCAGCUGGAAUUAGGUCAGUGUACAUGUGUUAUUUUUGCCAUUUUAUUUUAAUGUCAGGCCCACUGAACUUUAUUGAAGUUUUAACUGUUCCCCUUUGAGCCUAAACAUUAAACUGCUGAAAACAG